GCGGUCAGGUUGCGCAGAUCAAUAGCUUACUAGACAAGGUUGGGAAGGAGAACACCGAUAGAGCGAUAUUUCCAGUAUUUUGUGGAUUUGGAACGGUGUUUUAUGUCGAUAUUGUUAAUUCCUUAGGAUCUACCCAUUUUUAAGGAAAAUACUAAGGAGCUGCGGUUGGAGGAUGUGGGCGUGGUGUGUGUGGGCGUGGUGCGUGGCGGGCGUGGUGACGUGGGCCGCCGCCACGCCUACCUGGCAGUCGUGUAAGGCUGAGUGUGACAACCAUUUCACCAAGAACGACCUCCUGCAGUCCGCGUUAUCCCGGAUGUGUGAACGCGGGUGUGACCUGUAUACCGUGGCACUCAUCUCUACGCCCCAGAGAACCCGGGUACUACAUCUGGGUCCCGUCAUCCUGCCCGCUAAGAACCCACAACCACCCCGCACCCCGCCCCAUGACCUAGUGGUGAGGGUUGAGAAAAAGAACCCGGCAGAGCAGCAGCAGGUGGGGAAGCAUCACCAUCAUCACACUCCACGGGUGCUGCCACUUGCUCAGACAAGGUCUCCUCAUCACAAGACCCGCCAGACUACCACUCAGCCCGCAGACCAUCCAGUCCAGGACCACCCGGCCCAGGCAGACCAUCAAGCCACCACCACCCAUCCAGGCCAGGGUCAGGCCACCCAAGCUGCCCACCAGGCCACCACCACUCAUACACCUAAUGCCCGCCCACCCACUACCACCUCUACAGCCCAGGCGGCCUCCGCAGGUAAACUAGAGAGCCAUGAAACCAACGCCAUCAUCAUCAUGGGGAAGGACAACCUGCACCAGAAUACUAACCAUGCCGAGGGACACAAACAGUUGAGUCCUGGGGAGUUCCAGGACGCGAGGGUCAGGGAGGACACAGAGCGCAUGCAGCAGGCCAAGGACUCCUGCAGGCAUGCCUGCGUGACGGCUUACCACCUGACGGAGGAGCAGAAGGCCUGUGUGGUGGGUUGCCACUACCAGGCCAUCACCACUGCCACCCUGCCAUCACGGGUCAGGAUGCCAGACGCUGGCAGGAACCCAUUGGCCAUGUUCCAACACGUCAUGUUUAGUUUAGCGGGCCACAUGGGCCGGUUGGUUCGAGUCACUUGGGCAUGGACCACCGGUGGCCAAGGAGACGCCCCCCAACAGGAGAGGCACGAGAAGAUACAAGAAGCUGCCCCUCAUAUAACGUUGCCAAAUGGCGUCUCAUCAGUACACAGCAGCGAGCACAAGUUCCGGGGUGGACGCGUGUAUUAUUCCGAACUCCUGGGACACUACACCAUCGGCAACAACGAUGACGUCCCACUACCUGAUCCUAACAUCGUCCAUCACCACGACCACGAAUGUCGCCACCGCCACGCACAGCAACCACAGCAAACCCAACAACAGCAUCCUCAGCACAACCAACAACAACAACAACAACAACAGAACCAGAACCAACAACAACAACAACAACAACAACAGCAGCAGCAGCAGCAACUUGAUCUACUAGAAUGUAUCUCACGGAAAUCUGGUCUGCCAAGGUGGUUCAUUGCUGUCACCAUCUUCACCUCAGCGUUGGUGAUCCUGUGGUUGUGUUUCACCCUCACAGCCCCACCAGAUGACAUCAAGGUCGUCAAGACUAAGCCUCCAGAGCUAGAGAUGGAGGAGGACGAGGAGGACUAUGAUGACGAUGACCUCCCGUGUUCAGAGAAGAAGAAGCUCCUGGCUCAGGCCGAUGACGUUAUCAAGAUCAGGAUUGAGAACGUGUAGGAGUUUUCUACCCAAGAUGCUCAUCCUGCGUCCUUCACCAUCUCCUCCAGGUGCAGAAGGAACCUACAGGCAGUACUAAAUCUACAUACUGUAAUUUAGUGCGCGAGUGUGUGCUGUCAUGAGCUAAUAUAACAAUGUAUGUUUUUGAGGACAGACAGACAGACCGACAAAAAUAAUUAUACCCGGAAAUUAAAAAUGGCCGUGUAUACUUUGGUGAUGAAAAUGGGAUAAAAUUUUAGAAAACUUUCGUAAAAAAAAAUUAUGAUGGAAUCUUUCUAGCCAUAGUUACAAUAGAGAGCAUUCAUAAACACUUUCUUUAAGAGCCACUCGAUGGCUCAUGUAUUUCUGGCUCUUCAAGUCAACACGCCUCAUAUUAAUACUAGAUGUAUCAUUCAAAAGGAAAAUAUUGCUUUGAUUAUUAAACAUGAGAAAUGAGAUUUAUAUAAAGUUACCAGCAUUCAACUCAACCCGGAGAAAACACCAUUUUUAAUCAAUUAUUGUGAGUCAUAGAGCCAUUACAGUGAACUUAAUUACGAAGGAAUAAGUCAUCAUGACAUACAUAAAGUAUUCCAUGGUAUUACUUAUUUGUGGAAGACUGUUGUUAAUUAUUAUUAUUAUACACAGGGGUGACGAGAGACAGUCUAUGUUUGGUUUGGUUUACCAUCCUGCACCAGCUGUGUGUGUGUGUGUGUGUGUGUGUGUGUGUGUGUGUGUGUGUGUGUCGCCCAAGAGAAUCAACUCGACUUAAAGAAGGUUUGUGGGUUUAUUAGUCAUAUGUUAUGCGAUUCCAUCCUGUAUGUGGCGUGGUUGAUCAUUGUCCUUGUGGUGUGGUGACAUGGCUAACUGGACACUGUGGUAACAUGUCCAGAUGCACACUGUGGAAACGUGGCCAGGUGAACACUGUGGAAACGUGGCCAGGAGAACACUGUGGUAACAUGGCCAGGUGAACACUGUGGUAACAUGGCCAGGUGAACACUGUGGUAACAUGGCCAGGUGAACACUGUGGUAACAUGGUCAGGUGAACACUGUGGUAACAUGGCCAGGUGAACACUGUGGUAACAUGGCCAGGUGAACACAGGCGAGGUAAGAAGGGAACCACGACCACAAGACAAGGGUGUGUCAACCAGGCUCUGUGUAUAGCUCUAAUAUUUACUGUGCAAAUUUGCUCACUUUAGAUUUUCAUGGCAGCAUAAUGUUGGUUGUUUAUUAACUUGAAAAUACUGGAAAAAAGUCCGUUACUUAUUCCUAAUUAUGCAUGAAAUGUUUUCGACUCGUGUUUAUGAAUGUUAGUUUUUGUUUACAGGCGUGAGUGUCCGGGAUUGUUCUGGAAUUCGCUGACCUCCAAUGGCAUGUGGAAGACUUAACCUAACUUUUGUCUGUCACUCCCUUGUGCCGCGCCAACAGCUUAUAGCGUCAUUCCAUUAAUGUGUUGUUUCAUUUUUGUUGAUGAGCCAAUACUUGUUCUACUCUUUUAUAUAUAUUUUCAUGUUAUACGUACGUAACAUUUCGAGGCAGGGUUUUAAAUGUACAGUGUGUGUGUGUGUGUGUGUUCUUAUGAUAAAUAAUACAUUAAUAUGUCUACAAUUGCUGGGGGUAAGUGGUAGGAAUGGUGGUGGUGGUGAGGGACAACUUGCCGAUCCUGCAUCGCCUCAUCGCCGGCUUACUCAAUGUCCCCCACCCAGCUAGCCAUCAACAUAAGCUGAGCCAGUAAAAGAAGAAUAAUCCUUGUGGGCCAUCACUCAGACAAGUGGUUGGGAGAUGAUUCAGUCACUCCCCACCACAACACAGGGAGAUCAAUAGUGAUCAUGGUGGUGGUGCUGUUACCAAACUCAGUGAGCGACGGUCACACAUUCUUUUGGCAGCGUAAGAAAUCAAUGUACAAUUCCCCCAUUCUUUCACUUCACAGGGCAAUAUAUAUUGUAAAACUGGGAAUAUGGAUGUUCCGACGCAAAGUUGCCUCUUGUGGCAAAUUGUCGCAGGAUUCUUAGUCAAGUAAUAAUGCUGGUAUUUUACUCGUUGGCAUCCCCGUACAAAAGUCCCCUGCUUUCCAGUCUGUCUGUAGACUGUAGAUAAAGCUGUACUGAUUUAUACCGUGUUAUAAUUAUAAGACUAAUCUUCCAGGUUAUCACUAAUUUAUUAUGAUUUCCAGAAAAUUUACAUUAGAUCAAGUUUAGCUGUCCAGCUUACUAAGAACCAUUUCUUGACUUCCGAUUAAUGUGAUAAAAUUAUGAUUUGAGUAUAAAGUCUUGUAACGUUGAGUAAUAAGUGUAACUGAUCGUUUCCAUAACUUUCAAAGUUACCAACUAUAAACUUAGGAUAUUCUGAAUGUUUUUGCACCUCCCCGCGGGCAGCUGAACGGGACUUUUUUUGCGUGUGUUAAUACAUUUGGAGACGAGAAAAAUUUACAAAGCGCAUAACGUCUUCCCGGCGCGGAGUCUUGGAGGCCAAUCGACCACAUCAAAAAUUUUAUACCACGAUGGAGAAAACAAAGUCUAUUAAAGAAAUAUGAUGACGUUUGUUAAUGAAUAUUUAAUGUCACACUGUUCUCCACGACUCUGUUGCCGGACAAAUUUUGUAAUGUAUCGAAAGACAACGCACAAUACUACUAUAAACAUUAGCCAAGCGAGUCAAGUUAAAUUUUUCCUGUCUCAGAUAAUGGCUUUAAUAACUACGAAGCCAGUGUCUACAUUAUCGGUGUGUGGGUCCCCGUCUGAUGUGCAUUAUCUAUAUCUGGUGAGAAAGGUCAUUAUAUAGAAUUAUCCCAGCAUUAACCAGUUAAUUUGUUUCUUAUAUCAGAUAAUUAUAGACUUAUUAAUGAGCAUGUUCAACACUUAUAGUCAUGUAUACAGUAGAGAGGGUAGGGACUGACUGACGUGGUGAAAAGUUUUAUGAUAAAAGAGUUCAGCUGCCUUAAUCUGAUUGCACAAUGGGUGUUCUGUUGUCUAGAGUUAAUCGCUAUACAGGCUACUCCUUAAAAAAUAGAUUUAACUAUGUGAAACAGUCAUGCAUACGGUAGCUUAUAUAUAUGUUUGGUUGAAUAAACACAAAUAUUAAA